CUAGAAGUAAUAGUGUUCUGUGAACACUGAACAUAACCUAUCAACGUAAAAACUUCUUUUUAUAAAUUUUUAAAAUUAUAUUAAUUGUUUAAUUAUCGAAAAUAUACCUGCAAAGUUUGAAUUUAUGUAAUUAAAUUUUCUGCAAAUUUAACAUGAUUCCUCGUGUGACACGAAACGUUUUUAACUUUUUUGAAGUAUUAGAAAGAAACAUUUUAAAACAAUUCUUUGGUCAUCCGCCAAAAGAGCUAGCUCUAGCAUAUGUGCACGAGAACUCGGUACCACAGCAAAAGAGAGAUACACUCAAAGACAUAGUUGGUGAUGGAUUUCUAUUAGCAGUACCAAAAUUUAGACGAACAUUAGAGAAAAGGUUGAAAAGAAAAUUUGGAUCACCUCAGUAUGUAUGGAAAAUGCUUGUCCCCCAGACGAACAUAAAAGUCUGUCAGGAUUGUGGUCACUACCAUGAAAGGGGAAGACUAUGUGGUCACUGUUACAAAAAGGUUGAAGCUGAAACAAAAGAAAUACAAGAGAAAAUAGUAGAAAAACUAGCAAAUAAACCAAUUGAAAAUGAUGUUAUUGUCUUGUAUGAUGGUGAAAACUUACCAGAUCAGCCUAAAGAGUUUUGGCAAGGAAAAAGGAUCAUAGAAAUGAAAAAGGAAAGACCACAAUUUUUCAGUAAAAAUCUUCUACAAAAAACUACACAGCAACCAUCUGAAUCUACUGAUGUGAAACCUACAGAUUUAGCUUAAAAAUACAAUCAAUUACAUAUAUUAUAGAAUUAAAUUAGUCAAGUACAAA